UACAUUCGUGAUGUAUAUCAGCGUGCGGAAGCCGAGCGGUUCCGGGGUAUACCUAAGAAACUUGAGGAACGCAAGGAGCCAUAUAUCCAGAAGGAUGACUUGCUAUACUUGGACCAGUGGAUGCAGAAACGUGGUACCCCCUUGACUAAAGAGGCACACCUGCACAACAGGGAGCUUAUCGAGAAGCUUUCCAACAUUAUAUGCAAAACAAAGAGGUUACCUCAGCUAUGAAAAUUCUACAGGAUGGUCUCAAAGGUGUUGGACCUUCCAGAGCGUCCCUUAUGCUUUCGGUAGCGUUCCCUAGUGUUUUGCCAUACUUCUCUCGGUCGCUAUACCGAUGGACCCACUGGGAUGAAAGAACUGGUUGGGCACAAGAGUUCAAGUGGACGCCGGACAAGUACCACAGCAUACUUGAACGGGUGGCAUCCCUAGCUGAGAGGCUCUCUGGGAACCGCGAAGUUAUACAAGCUAUCGAUGUCGAGAAGGUGGCAUUUGUGUUAGAACAUGAGAGCUGUAUUAGCGAAUUUCAACUCUUCACCAUCGUGGACGGUCUCGUCAAUAACAAGGAGUCCAUAUCUAACGGGCGUGCGAGAGUGUUCGAAGUUGAUAGAGAGGCGAUAGAUGGAAAAAAGGGAACGGCUGCAGUCAAAAAGAUCUUCAAAUCGGGCGAUGUCGAAAAAGCAAGGAACAGGUUCCUCGCCGAAGUAACGUCCUCAUACCACUUGUCUAAGUUGUCGCCAGAUCACUUCGUCGAAUUCUUUGGGUGGAAUGAAGACCCGGAUAGACUCUUUAUUGCCAUGGAAUAUGUUAAAUCCGGCGACUUGGAGAAAUGCCUUGGGGAGAGCCUUUGGGGCGAGAAAGACAUAAAGGAAACAACGAAGCAGAUAUUGGAGGGGCUACAGAUCAUGCAUCACGAAAGCAUCGCUCACCCGGAUCUCAAGCCACAGGUAAUUAUCUUCCCAUUAAUUAUUUUAUCGUAUCGUGCCAUCUACUAGAAAACUUACUUCUAGGGGCUUAGAAUAUUCUUGUCGUCUCGACGCCGCCAGACAUAAGAGUCAAGAUCACCGAUUUCGGACUCACGAAGCGACUCUCAAAUAGGAAAACCACGGCUCUAGUCACCAAGGGGAUCGG